AUGCGUGGAUUUCUAGUAUCGACACUGGCCAUUGCCGCAACUCUCCUAAGCACUUCCGCUGCUCGACCAUUGGUCAAAGUACAUCCAGGAACAGCAAAUGACAUUGUUAUCACGAACAAGAAUACUGUCAAUGCUACAACAACGGCUCUCAGCAAUGGCACAAUCCCGGCAAACAGUUCGACGGUUCAGAUAACACCCCGAUCGUCGACAAGUGGACGACUUCCGCUAUCUCUGGUCAACAACUUUGCUGGCAACAUAAACGCAUAUGUCACCGGUCUCGACAAGAACAAUGCGUUGGUCAUGCUACAACCAGACGGGAACUGGUACUAUCCUCAAAGUGAUCCUUCAGCGACGACACCUCAACCGAUCAACGGUAACGUCGGAAUACCCCUAGGAGCACAAGGUAGCACGACCAGCAUCACUCUAACUGACUACAUCUCUGCAGCCCGAGUAUGGUUUGCUGCUGGUGAACUCAAGUUCUUCACCGUGUGGAACCCAGCCACGAAUGGACCAUCUCUUGUCGAGCCGUCGGCCGUCAACCCUUCUGACCCAAGUGCUGGUGUCAACUGGGGGUUUGUGGAGCUUACGAACACUGCUGAGGGUGGACUGUACGCCAACAUCAGCUAUGUGGAUUUUGUCGGUCUAGCAUUGGGCAUGUCUUUGCUGUCUGGAGACGGCAGCAUACAGACUGCCUUAGGUCUGCAGCCAAAGGCCGUUGCGUCCAUCUGCGCGGCUUUGGCAUCUCAGGGUCAGACGGACGGCCAAGAGUGGGACAACUUGUGCCAGGCUGAUGAGAACGGUGACCCGCUUCGUGUCAUUGCACCUAGCGACUUUCUUUCCACGAACGCGGAGUCUUUUGCGGAGUACUAUACGGAAUACAUUGACGAGGUCUGGACGCAAUAUGCUACCAAUACCCUUUCGAUCGACACACAAGCAGCAGCUGGCACUGUUGCAUGUACUGUCCAAGGCAGCCUGAUAACUUGCGCCGGGGACAACAGAGGCUACGCUAAACCCACACCCUCCGACAUAUUCGGCUGCAACUCCGGCCCUUUUGCCAUCGCCGGCACCGAUAACGAUGUCCAUCGCGCAAUCGUGCCCCGCCUGUGCGCGGCCUUCAACCGCAGUACCCUCACAGUUUCUGGCGGCGACCUCCAGCCAGGCGUUGGUGCGAAAUCCUACUAUACCGCGAACCCCACGAAUUGGUAUUCCGCCAUCGUGCACCAGCAUGAGGUCGACGGCAAGGGAUAUGCGUUCGCUUAUGAUGAUGUGAACCCUAGUGGCGAUAUCAACCAGAGUGGUGUCGUUGCUGAUGCCAACCCGACGGUCUUGACUGUUACUAUUGGUGGGCCUUCUACUUCUUAG